AAAACCCUUCCUUUAUUUUUGGGAUUCCUACCAAAAUUCUAAUUAACCCCUGACGUCAAAAUAAUGUGUAUCUAUUCCGCCAUGGAAUUACUCUCCAUCUUCCUUCGUUCUCUCAAUUACUCUUCCAAUUAUUAAUCUAAAAUAUUGUAAAAAGUCAAAAUCAUAAAAUCAUCUUAGACGAAAUUCUGUUGAAUUAAUAUCAGGAGAAGAUAGGCACAGCCCCUUUUUAUUUAUUUUGUUUUUCGCCUUUUUUUUUUUUGUAUUUUGGCUGCUAAAUUCUCUCGCCGAUUGAAGAAUUGAAUCUCAUCAUCAUCAUCAGAUCGAUGGUUUCUAACACAUCGCCUUCACUAGCGCCGGGGUUUCGAUUCAAACCGACCGACGAAGAGCUCGUGGUGUACUACUUGAGGAGGAAGACUCUCGGGAGACCUUUUCAUGCCGGGUUGAUUUCCGAUAUCGACAUUUACAAGGCUGAACCUUGGGACCUUCCCGGCAAGUCAAGCCACAAGAGUAGGGACUUGGAGUGGUAUUUUUUCAGCGGACUGGACAGGAAGUAUGGCAAUGGUGACCGGACCAAUCGGGCUACCGAACAAGGCUACUGGAAGACCACAGGAAAAGACAGGGAAGUGAAUCACAGGAAUAAGCUUGUAGGCAUGAAGAAGACUUUGGUUUAUCACCAUGGUAGGGCUCCUAAAGGUACGAGGACUAACUGGGUCAUGCAUGAGUACAGACUCAUUGAUGAGAGUAUGGGGAAAGCUGCAUUUUCACAGGAUGCACAUGUUGUGUGCAGAAUCUUCCAGAAAAGUGGUUCAGGGCCAAAGAAUGGGGAACAGUAUGGAGCACCCUUUGUGGAGGAAGAGUGGGAAGCAGAUGAUUUGGAAAUGUUUCCCAAGUUGGAGGUUGCUGAGGGAGUUGAUGUUGGAAAUGAUGACUAUUUAGAUGGACUUGAACUUGAGCAGAUACUUGCAUCAUCAAUCCCUGCGGAUGAUUCCCUCAUUGAUUUGGAUCAGUUUUGUGGAGAGGAUGUCAAUAGCAGCGAGGAAACUGUUGACUGUAAAAUUGAUCCUGAAAUGGUGUCCUCUGGUGUUGAGGAGUUUCUGCAGUCAGAAGACCAUAAAUUAUAUGGUUUGCCUGUGCAUUGUGACAUGAACCAAGGAAUAGUCAAGGAUUCUCCAGUUUCGACUGGUGUUAAUGAGUAUUAUGGUGUAUCAGAUCAGUCAGAAGAGCAGAAUGCAUACAACUUACCUGUUGAAUAUGGCAUGCCCCAGAAUCCUGUCAAGAAUGAAUAUAAUAUUGAACCAAUCAGUAUUCUGAGUACUGUAGCUGCAGAUGUUGGAGAUAUACCUGAUCAACCCUAUGUGGAUGCUAUGGAUAAUUUUGCGUGUGAUGGAGCCUUCCUUGAAUCUGACGACCUCAGUAAUCCUAUUUCGGAUGCUUCUUGCGGUGGCCUCCUAGAUGACUAUGACUACUGGGCAUGCCUUGAUACAAAUGACGAGGAGUUCUUUAAUUUUGAUAGUCUGGAGAUGUUUGGUGAUAAUGUUGCUCCUGUUUCUGAAGAAGCAGCCCAAAAGGUAAAUCCAGGGUUUGAUCUCCACGCUCCAACCAUGUUAUUCAAUUUUAAGCUGUGUCUUAUUCAGUUUUAUAUUUUCCAGGACUUAAAAAAUGAAACACAGGCAAUUGAUGUGGCGAGUCUACCGAUUCCUGGGGAUAAGGCUGAUGAUGCAUCUUCUUCAAAGCUACAACCAUCGAAAGAUUAUGCGCCAGGUUUGCAUUAUCCAUUUCUCAAGCAAGCCAGUCGCAUGUUGGAGAGUAUUCCUGCUCCUCCUGCAUAUGCCUCAGAGUUCCCUUCCAAGGAUGCUGCUCUUCAUUUGUAUCCUUCAUCUUCUACUACUGCACGUGUUACUGCUGGUAUGAUUCAAAUAGGGAAUAUGGAUGGCAAUGUGGACUGGCUGUCAGACAAGAGUGCUCGCUUCAAUAUUGUUCUUUCUUUCGGGGUGUCAAGGGGCGUUGACAACUCAACCACUUUGGAAUCAGUUGUUCGGAUACAUCCUGGGAAAAACACAUCAGGAGUCUUCAGCGGGUGGCUCUGCUUCAUGUUCUUCUGGGUCCUAGUCCUCUCUAUGAGCUUCAAGAUCGGGACCUAUGUUUGUGCCCAGUAGUCCCAGACACGAGUAUUAAAAUAGAGGGUUUGUGUGCUUGUUAUGUGGGUUCGCCUUGCUGAACUCUACCUUGAAGUCUAGUGGUGCUGGAAGGUGUCCAGCCAAGAUUUUAUUCCUAGAACCAUGUAUCUUUUUGGUUUGGAAAUUUAUAGGAGCCCAUUCUCUCUGUGCAGAGUCUUUGGUUUGUUAGAACUUCUUUGGAGCCUGUUACUUUUUGACAACUUUGACAUAAUAUUAAUGUUAGGCCCAUACAAUUUAACAUAUAUUCUGGGAAGAGUUGCAGGAAAUGGCUGGGGAUCCCUGGUUAUUUUUAUAUGUUGGACUCGCAUUCUUGUGCAACACUUCGUUCUUGUGCAAUAAGAUAGUUCUGCAACAAAUCGCUGCUAAAGUAUGUUAGUGCUUCGGAAUUAACCUUUUUUUUUUUUGGUUUCUUGAAAACACGUUAUAUUAUUGCCACAUGCCUGAAACAUACUGCGUACCGAAGCUCUAGCUAGCCUGUGAGCAUUUUCAGCCUAUAAACCUCUUCAAUCUUAGGAAACACGAAACUAUUGUAUCUCAAGGAUAAAUUGUCCUCAAGGAAGCUGGAUUGUAACUUUUGUGGAGUCUAAGCUCUAAAGUAGCGGCUGCUGCAUUAUCUGUUUUGCUGCACUAUCCUCUCUUAAUGUUGAUUUGUUUUACCUGUUGCUGUUCUUCUAUUUUAUCCUCAAUUCUGCCAAGGGGCACUGCUUGCUGAGGUGCUCGAGAGUCGAGACUUGAUGGGGGGAAGGCGAUUGUUGUUUUGCCAUCUACACCUCGUCUGGGCAUCCAAGUCUGCAGCAUUGUUAACUGAUCAUAAGAUUGAACAAGACGGCCCUUUGUUCUCCACUACAUGUUCCUCUGUUUUGUCACGUUUAGGUUCAAAAUGGCCCCUUUGUGCUCAAAGGGUGCCCUGAUCUCUCUCGAAUCUUUAUCUUUACCAAAUAUAUUGCGAAAGAAAUCUUGCAGCGUGUUGAGCGUGGGUCAACAGCGUGGGCCUUUUCUUUCUCGUUUAUCUUGCUGCUUCUGUAAUCUUGUCCUAUUUAACUACUUUAGAGCUUUAAAACUAGGAG